AUCACUUCUAUGAACGAGUGCUUCUACGCUACGCAAAGCUGAGUUAGAUCACUACUUUGCUGCAUCUGCGGCUUAAUCUAUCUACUCUGCGCACAGUGAAUUUUUAUAAGCUAAUUCCAUUGUCUACGGCUUCAGGUGUAGGCUGGGGUUUUCAAAGUCAUUCUCUCCAUUACGGUGCCAUACACUUAGUUCCAGUUCAUGUGACUGUCUUUUGAUACGGUCUUCUAGGUAUAAAUCUCAGAUAUCGAUACCUUAUCCUCUAAGAAUGAAUAAUGCUCAGUAUUACAUCUUCUCUGGUCUCGAGACCUACCCUUGAUUUGAGGUGUGCAGAUUGAUCUAUUACAGAGUUGGUCUUUUGGUAAAUUCUGUACAUAUUAUGAGUGGUGAUUGCUGUUGCCCCUUGUCUGUGAUGGGUUUGAUAAUACCAAGAUCGUGUUGGAAUCUGAUCUGAUAAGCAAGUAAACACUAUGUCUUUCCACAUUUCCAAGUUUUAUAUCACUAGUUAACGUUUUGACUGAGUCAAAAAGCUAAAGAAACGUUUCGCCCGUUUGUGUUUAUCAUCAGUAUUUCAGCUAGGUCGUCCAUUAUUAAGCCUGUCCUCUCACUAAACAUUUUUUACUCUUUAUGUUUCCUGAGCGGUAAAAUUUAUCAACUUUUAUCAACUAAGUUGGACUAUUCAUCCUAAAUGUUUCCUUACAUCCGAAAUGCCAGCACAUCCAGCCUUUUAUAGAUACCAGCUAUACCUUGGAAGUAAGAGAUAAUCCUGUUCAUCUGGUUUUGAUAAUUAAUUAAUCCGAUGUACGGAGAAAUAGAAGAACACUUUUUAAUAACAAAGGUGUUAUUUGAACUAAAGAAAGAAACAGUGGACCUUGGGUGACUUCGUCAGAAUAGUUCAAAAAUUUAAACACGAACCUAUUGCUCACUGAAAGUGGUUGUUAUAAUACUCAUCUUCUAGUCGUAUUACUGGGUCACUUUCUUAUUUUAUAAAGAAUGUUACUGUAGUUGUAUGCAAAUGAAAGUCUUAUUACUAUAUUCUUCCUGUCUUUUAUUCUUUUGUCACUGCGAUCUUCAGUCAUACUAUUCAGUAAUGUUUGGUCCUGUGUUGGUACUUUUUUCUAUAUUACCACACAAGCUCGUUUCUAUUUUUUGGUUUGAGCAAGGCCUUCAGUGGGGAUUCUCAAUGAGAUGAUGACAGCACUCACUAGUAAUAGUGAUGGCUCACCGGAGUGAACACGACAAAACUAGUUUCCUGUUUAUACUGUUAACUAUUUUUAAGAUAUUGAUUACACAGUUUCGUGUAUUAGGAUAUCUUAGGUUUCCCAGUGGGUUGACCUUUGAUUACAAAUAUCGGAUUUAUCACAAAUGUCGAUAGUAAUCACAGUGGGAGCGAGAGGCGUAUGAGUUUCAGUUUACUGUAAAACUGUAUCGAAGAUCUAAACUGUGCGAAAAAUAAGCUUCACACACAAACUUACGCAGUGUAACAAGAAUUUUGUUUAAGAUUCUUUAUGAAUAUCUCAUACGUAAUUUGUUUCUUUUUAUUGUUAGGCCUUUCAAUGAGUUCGUUAAACGCUGUCACAUCUCCAUUCCUCUCAGACUCAUAUUUAUUAGCACGGAGACAUUUUCAGCUGAGUCGAGCAAAACUGAAGGCAACAAGUCGAGUGUCAGCAUUAUUGGCAGGAUUUGCUAUGGUCGCUGUUAUCGAAUUAGAGGUUGUUGUUGGUGUAGAAAGGCCGCCUGAAGCAUUACUGGUUGCUUUCACAACUCUUGCAUGUCUUCUUGUGGUUGUGCAUAUAAUGGCUGUGAUGAUAAGUACUUGUAUUCUGCCACACAUUGAUUCGUACACGGUUCCUAGAGAUGGUUCUAUGACUGAAGAAGCACCACACAAUCGAUUACGAACAUUUGUUGAAGUUGCAUGGAUAUUCAGUACUGUUGUUGGGAUUAUUUUGUUUUUAGCUGUAGUAAUUCUAGCAUGUUGGGUUAAAUUUUGGUUUGUUAGUCGUCUGUCUGCUAUAGCUGGAACAACUGUUGUUUUACCUGCUGUACUCCUUUUCAUGAUCUUCGCUGUUUUAUUUUAUCGAAGCCUUAUUAACUACAAAGUUGAACGAGCCACAGAAAUGAUACGUAACAUUGAUAUGCGUAUGUCUUGUCUCGAAAGUGGUGUUGGGAAAUCCCAUAACGGUGGUCGCUCGAGGACCAUACAUCUUUAA